GAAGCAGAGGGCACCUGCUUCCUCCAGAGUCCUAGCUCUUCUCAGCUGCGCGCGAGACUCAAACACGUGCGGGGGCUUCCUGAAGGUGAUGGGGUGUCUGUGAACUCUCCCACCCUCUGUCAUCCCCGCUUCCUGCUCCCUGAUGAGCCAUGGCUCACCAGGCCUUAUUGUCUGAGCUCUGUGGACAAAUACUGGAAGUUUGACGGGACUUUCCAGGCUUCAUUUAUACUCCUACCCUGUUUUCUUUACCUAAUAUUAUCAUUUAAAGUAAAUUCACCCCCAAGUCAACUUUAUUUUGCUUAUAAACUGUCUAAAUAGGUUAUUUAGGGUACUAUCUUUGGGUCGGUCAAACGAUUCUUAUUCAAUUUAAUUUUUUUAUUGGAAUGCCAAACAAAGAACUGCUUUCAUUGGACGACCACAGUUCGGUGAACACUGGAGAUGGAGGACUGUCUGUAGGUGACAUGUGAACAAUAUGGAUAUUUAUUCAACAUUUUGUACAAGAAAUAUCAACAGAAGUGACAAGGAGAAAAGUUGGGAGCAAAAUUGCUGACGCAAAACAUUAUUUUGUGCCCAUUGUUUUCAAUGUAAACAUCAAUUCAGCAAAUACUUAAUCAAACUUAAGCUGGCGACGCUAAAUGAGACGACAGAACAGAAAACAAUCCAAACACAGAGUAACAAAUGUUAAUGAAAAAUCUGAACUCACUUCCAUAUCAUAAUGAAGCAAAUAGAGCAGCUGCUCACGCUGUCUCCACUCUUUAAUGCAAUGCCUUUUCUUUUUGUUACGUCUUAUCACUUAGAAUGAGUCCAGAAACUAUUGCUAUUGCUUUUGCAUCGUCGGCCAUGUUUGUUUACUCUAGUCAAGUAUGGUAUGGCGGGGUUUUUAUGGGAUUUUCUGCCUAGAAUCAGAAUGUUGGUGAGUGAAAUCGGAUAGUGUGUGGUGUGUUGCUCCUGCCGUGUGCUGGAGCAACCGCCCGAUACCACCCGAUACGAUCCAACCGGUUAUACUUACGGUUUUUUUAUCGUAUCCUGUGUGGUUUCAGGUUUUGAAAGUUGGCCUACAAUUUUAAAAUCCUGCCGUGUGAACUCGAAUACGUGGUGAUAAUUUUUUGUGUCUUGAUUUGACUUUUAGUUCCAGCUAACAGAUCAGCUUUAUUAAAAAACAAGUUAAUUUAUUGAGUAAUUUAUUUAAUUUUCGUUAUUUAUUUAUUGUUUUUGCAAAUGUUCAUUUUAGUUAGUGGCCAUAUACACUGUAAAUCAACUGUUCUACGAUUCUUUCUGAAUGUGAUUAAAGCUUGAUUGUAAUUGAGGAGAGGCUAUAGUUGCUCAAGUCGGACUUCAAGACCUUGAGGUUGCUUCCCUCUAGUGUCAAUCAUGGAAACUAAACAAAAGAAAAACCAAACGGACCAUUCGCUUUCUGGACAAUCCAAUUGCUGGAUUAGAAGGCUUUUAUAAGACAAAAUCCAAUAUUUUAAGCAACUACACAUUUUUACCGUGUUUUAUUCUAUUUAAAAUUAACAGAAAAUGUAGAACACUUGUAUUUCUCACGGAUUUAGUUAAUCGGAACCACCGAUGGAUCCAGUGAGCUGCAGAGUUGACUGCGCAGACUCAGCUGCUGCAGCGGCUCCGGCUCACCUUAACAAACCCUGUUAAUGUUUUCACUUUACUGCUCUGAACCGGAACACUGUGGACCAUGAGGUGCCGUGGAGCUGACACACGCACACACACUGGAUAACAUGGCCAACGGAAAGCUGAAAUCACAGAGCCAGGGGGAUGGAGCAGAAGGCCCGGACGGAGGCUGGGGCUGGGUGCUGGUCGUGGCGAUGUUCGUCAGCACCAGCCUCGUGUUUGGACUGAUGCGCGGUUUGGGGAUCUUCUUUGUGGAGUUCGUCCAGUACUUUGAGGAGAGCGCUCAGGCCAUCUCCUGGAUCUCAUCCAUCGGCUUGGCAGCGCAGCAGUUCUUCAGCCUGCUGGGUGCAGCUCUAUGUAACGCAUAUAAUACCAGGCUGGUUGUGAUGACAGGAGGUUUUCUUUCCGGACUCGGACUCAUCCUGGCCUCACAGGCCACCUGCCUGGUUCACCUCUACCUUUCUAUGGGAGUACUCUCAGGUUUGGGGUGGGGGCUGGUCUUCACCCCAAUGGUGGCCACAGUCAUGGCUAGCUUCACCCGUAGACGAGCGCUGGCUGUGGGACUGGGUUUCUCUAGCAUCGGCCUUUCUUCCUUUGCUUUUAACCCACUUUUCCAGCUGCUGGUGGAGACAUAUACCUGGCGCGGAGCCCUGCUCAUCCUGGGGGGCCUCAGCCUCAACAUCAUGGCCUGCGGAGCCCUUAUCCGACCAGAGUGUCGCUCUAAAGCCUCAACAAAGGUGGACUCACAGAGCAGAUCAUCACUGCCUGACCUCCUACAGAGAGUCUCCUCCUACCUGGAGGUGUCGCUGCUUUGUGAGAGGCCGUAUCUCACCUACGCCUUAGGUGUAACUCUUUUAAACUUUGGCUACUUUGUGCCAUAUUUCCACCUGGUGGCCCACAGCCGCCAGGUGGGCUUCUCCGAGUACCGAGCGGCAUUCAUCAUGUCAGCUGCAGGCAUCACAGACAUUUUUGGCCGAAUUGCCUCAGGCUGGUUCUCGGACUUGGGGCGCUUUCGGGUGGUGCAUCUGCUGACCUUGUGGACAGCUUUGGCGGGAGUGUUCAUCAUGCUGCUGCCCGUGAGCUCCUUGACGCGCUCCUACACUGUAAUGAUUGUGAUCAGCCUUCUCUACGGUUUCUGCUCCGGCGCUUUGACCUCCAUGGUGUUUGCUGUGGUGCCGAUGAUCAUGGGCGUGGAGCGCAUGAUGGGAGGCCUUGGGCUCCUGCAGCUGAUCGAGAGCUGUGCAGGACUGCUGGGUACUCCACUGUCAGGUUGGCUCAGAGACAUGACAGGAAACUACACGGCCUCCUUUGUGGUCGCCGGCUCUUUUGUGCUCCUCGGUAGUUUGACCAUGACCACGCUGCCUCACUAUUUCUCCUGCGCGGAGCCUCCACCUCCUCAGAGACCCGUCCUCGUUGAUAACAGCGAGACUUUGAAUUUAGAGCUCAGACAGGACGGCUGCUCGCCUGAAUUCAACCAUCAAACCGCGGAACAAAGAGAACGGUGAUCUUAUCGGGGAACGUCUUUGUUUGCAAAAGCACACAUCAAACCUGGACCAGGGUGCAGUUUUCCACUUCGAUGACUCCGUAUUAUUACUAAGUCAUGCGAAUGAACGUCUGUUCUGCUCACUGUUAGCGACUCGGUGUUGUCAGAAGUUUUUCCGCUGGAGCACAAGAUUGUUUUCUCAUCCGCUCUUCUCGAUGACCCUCUCAUUUUGUUUGCACGUGCUCUCUGAACCUCUGUAAACCAUAAACCAAGAAUGCCUUUGUAACACCAAAUAUGUUUGGCCUUGGGAACAGCUGGGUGAACAUCUGGGUCACAAUGAACUGCUGGUUACUGGCAGGGUUGCUGCGACCAAACAGGCUUUUGGAUAAUACUAAACGCUGGUUAAGGCAACUGUUUAAAGGUGAAAACGUUUUACUUAGCAGGAAUAUUUUUUAAUAAACUCAAAUUAUGGUAUUUUUAUGUAAAGCAUUCAAAGCUGCUGCAGACUCUCAGAUUAAUCACAUUAAACAGGUAAUCUGUGUGACUAUUGGUUCUGUGUAUAUCCCAGCCUUAUGCAUUGUUGCCCUCUGGUGGACUUCCACGAGAAAAGCUCUCACACCGAAACGCACUGUCGCACUGUUUGUUUUAUUCGGUCAAAUGCAAAUUUGAUGAUGAUGUCACACGAUGUAGACAAAAUACACAUAAAUAUUGUCUUUUGUAAAGUUGAAAUCUGCCAACUGCAUAGAUUUUAUGGUAUUUUAUUGGAAUAAAAAUGCUCUUUUUGUAAAAUUUCUGUUUCUUUGUAACAAACAUUUAAAAAAGUCAGUAUUAAAAGAAGAAUAAAAAAACAGCCCAUUUUAGAAAGGGGGGAAGCAAACUUAAGAGGAAAGAAAUCAGAUUUUCUGGUUUUAAUUAGGAUCUCUUGGCAGAGCGUCGCUCUGUGGGUGAUAAAAACACCUCAUGCUGGACUCAUAAAGCUGCUCCAGUGUUUCCACUUGGAUGCGAUUGUUCUGCGCUGACGUGAUCACACAAAGCGUUCCCUGUUGGGAACAUCCAGGCCCCAACAGCUAAACUCAACAUGUGGACGGUAGCCAAAGAGAAAUGUUUGCAAGCCUCAGAGCUCAAUCUUUUCUACAUUUGUGUAAAAAAA